AUGGAUUCUGCUUCAGAAAAGCCCACCAGCGCUGCCGUUCUUGAAGAGCCGUCGGUCGAUGCGGCCAAAGGAGCCAAUGCCGCCACGGAACACAUUGAGUCGCUUUCCCACGACACGCGUGCUGCUCUGGACAAGGCUGUCAGCCGCAAAUUUGACCGCCGAGUGCUUCCUUUCUGCAUCCUCAUGCAUCUUUGCUCCAUGAUUGACCGAGCCAACAUGGGCAACGCCAAAGUCUUGGGACUGAAGGAGGAUCUGCACCUUACGGGAAACAGGUUCAACAUUGCAAUGUCUUUGUUUUACAUUACCUACAUUCUCCUUGAGAUCCCGGCCAAUGCGGUCAUCAAGCGAAUCGGCCCAAAAAUCUGGCUAUCAUUUCUGACCACUUCCUUCGGCAUUGUCACCAUGUGUCAGGCUUUCGCAAUCUCCUUCCACGGCAUCAUAGCUGUCAGGAUCAUGCUCGGGCUGUGUGAUGCCGGUGUCCUCCCUGGCAUCAUGUUCACGCUUGCAAGCUUUUACCGACGGCACGAGCUCACGACGAGAAUGGGUUACCUGUCGGCUGUCGUGUCCCUGUCCGGGGCCUUUGGCGGUCUGCUAGCUACUGGGUUCUCUCGCAUCCCCUCCGGGAUUCUGCACACGUGGAGACAUGUUCUGUUCUUCGAGGGCCUGAUCACUAUCCUCAUUGGCUUCUCCGUUGUCCUUCUACCUAACAGCCCUGCCACUUCAAGCUUUCUGACUGAAGAGGAGCGCAUCUACGCGUGCUCUCGCCUGAUUGACGAAGCCAAAGCCCUGCCUGACGAGAAGAUGAACAAGGUCACUUUCAAGCGUGCCAUCAUGCAUGUUCCCACUCAGCUGGUUGCCGUGGCUCUGAUUUGCUCCCUGUGCUGCAUGGGGUCGUUGCACAUCUUCACGCCAACCUUGCUGCAGUCUAUGGGUUAUAGCGGUCAGCAGGCCCAGCUCAUGUCCGUUCCCCCCUACGUGCUCGGGGCCAUUGUCUGCAUCACGACGGCUACACUCUCAGACCGCCUACGUAAAAGAGGCAUUUUCUUCAUCUGCCUUCUUGCGCCCUGCAUCUUCAUCGGCUUCACGCUCAACCAUUUCGUUUCUAGCGUAGCUGUGCGGUACUUUGGCUUGUUUCUCGCUGUGUCUGGCGGAUUCAGCUCAAGCCCUCUGCUGCUCAGUUGGUCUGUCGAUAACAAUUCCGGGCCUGCUGUCAAGGCUAUUGCUUCUGCCUAUGUCAUUGGUCUUGGAGGAUUCGGUCAGUUGCUUUCGACGUGGACCUACAUUGCCACGGAAGCUCCGAAAUACCCAACUGGCCACAGCAUCAAUAUGGCAUGUGCUUGUGUGCUGUUCCUCGCCGUGGGCUGUCACUCUUUGUGGGCUAUGAGGGAGAACAAGAAGCGUUCUGUGGGGUUGCGCGACAGUCGCUUGGCACGGGAACACGAAGGCCUUGGUCAUGAUCACCCAGCAUUCAAGUUUACACCUUGA